CCGCGAUUCUUUGGUUUUCUGAGUUCAACUUGCAAGUUGCAACCUUUGAAGCAAAGUUAAAUAAAAGAACCAAGAUCCACACUCAUUCAAUCACAAUCUUCGAUGUUCUAUCUCCUCUCUCUCCCUCCAAUGCUCGCUUUUCUAUAAAAGGAGAGAGCACACAAAUCCAAAGAUUUCAUUAUUCAUCGCCUACUUCCACAACUCAUCCUCUUUUUCCUCCAUUUUUCUAAAGUGCAGAUAGAUUGAAUGUUGUGAUCCAAAAUGGGUUCACAUAGUGCUGUUCUACUCCAAGUGUUCAUAGUCCUUUGCCUUGUUGUGUUCCAAAGUUCUGCUGUUAAAGUAGAUGCUGAUCUAAACACAACCCUCACUGUAGAUGCUUCUGAUUCAUCUGGAAGUCCGAUACCGGACACCCUUUUGGGAAUAUUCUUUGAGGAGAUAAAUCAUGCUGGUGCCGGGGGAUUGUGGGCAGAGCUCGUAAGCAACAGAGGAUUUGAAGCUGGUGGACCUAAUACUCCAUCAAAUAUUGAUCCCUGGGCAAUUAUUGGAAAUGUAUCAUAUAUAAAUGUUGAAACUGAUCGUACCUCCCUGUUCGAUCGCAAUAAGAUUGCACUUCGGUUGGAGGUGUUAUGUGACACAACAGGUGACAAUAUCUGCCCAACUGGCGGAGUUGGUGUCUAUAACCCUGGUUUCUGGGGCAUGAAUAUCGAGCAAGGGAAGAAAUACAAAGUGGUCUUCUAUGUUCGUUCAACAGGAUCAAUCAACUUAUUAGUGUCAUUCACCGGAUCAAAUGGUUUGGGAAACCUGGCUUCAGCUGAGAUUACAGGUUCUGCUUCUGACGUUUCAAACUGGACAAAGGUAGAGACCAUAUUGGAGGCCAAGGCAACAGAUCACAAUGCAAGACUUCAAUUAACAACAACCACAAAAGGUGUGAUAUGGUUGGACCAAGUGUCAGCUAUGCCCCAGGACACAUAUAAGGGACAUGGUUUCCGGAAUGACCUUUUUGGAAUGCUAGCAAAUAUGAAACCAAGAUUUAUCAGAUUUCCAGGUGGUUGUUUUGUUGAAGGAGAAUGGUUAAGAAAUGCGUUUCGAUGGAGAGAAAGUGUUGGACCAUGGGAGGAGAGACCUGGCCACUUUGGUGAUGUUUGGAUGUAUUGGACUGAUGAUGGACUCGGCUAUUUUGAGUUUCUUCAACUAGCAGAGGAUUUGGGUGCAGCACCAAUUUGGGUGUUUAAUAAUGGUAUCAGCCAUCAAGAUCAAGUUGAUACAACUGCCGUUUUACCUUUCGUCCAAGAAGCCCUUGAUGGAAUUGAGUUUGCAAGAGGUGAUGCCACUUCAAAAUGGGGUUCCCUUAGAGCUUCUAUGGGACACCCAGAGCCAUUUGAUCUAAAAUAUGUUGCUGUUGGAAACGAGGAUUGUAACAAAAAGAACUAUAGAGGAAACUACCUGAAAUUCUAUAGUGCCAUAAGAAGUGCUUAUCCAGAUAUCCAAAUCAUUUCUAAUUGUGAUGCUUCUUCUCAACCAUUGAAUCAUCCAGCUGAUCUAUAUGAUUAUCAUCUUUAUACAAAUGCCAAGGACAUGUUUUCCAGAGCAACUGCAUUUGACCGUACAUCUCGUAGUGGACCAAAGGCUUUUGUAAGUGAGUAUGCUGUGACUGGAUCCGAUGCCGGGACAGGAAGCCUUAAGGCGGCUCUAGCUGAAGCUGGUUUCCUUAUUGGACUAGAAAGGAACAGUGAUGUUGUCCACAUGAUUAGCUAUGCUCCACUUUUUGUGAAUACAAACGAUAGGAGGUGGAACCCGGAUGCAAUUGUAUUCAACUCUUAUCAGUUCUAUGGAACUCCUAGCUACUGGGUGCAACUAUUCUUCUCGGAGUCAAGUGGAGCAACACUUCUUAAGGCAUCGCUUCAGUCGACGCUAUCUAAUUCACUUGUUGCUUCAGCAAUUACUUGGAAAAAUCCUGUAGAUGGGAACAAUUAUAUACGGAUAAAGGUUGUGAACUUCAACGUCAACGCAGUAGACCUUCACAUCUCUUUUAAUGGAUUGGACCCAAACACAGUGCAGUUGUCCGGUUCAACCAAGACUGUGCUUACAUCUUCAAGUUUAACCGAUGAGAAUUCCUUCUCACAACCAAAGAAGGUGGUGCCAAUCCAGAGUCUACUUCAAAGUGUUGGAAGGGAAGUGAAUGUUGUAGUGCCCCCAUAUUCCUUCACAUCAUUUGAUUUUCUGAAGCAGUCCACUAAUCUGGAGAUUAUAAGGACUGAUUCCUCUUCUAGGGCUUCUAUUUAAUAAAGUCACACACGAAAGAAUUAAAAUAAAUUAAUUAAUUAAAGAAAGGAAGAAAGAGAAGAGGAUGAGAGUGGGGUUGGUAUAUGCUAUAUAGCUACCAAGUGCUGCAAGGUUGGAAUCACUUGCUACUCUAAUCUGUAAUGUAACUAAAUAAUUUAUGGUGUAAAUAAUAUUCAUCUGGUUUCAAGUUUCAUAUGA